UUACUUUCAUGCUUCUUGGAUUAUUCCUCUAUUUCGGCACAUUAUUUAGUCUAUAUGGAUUUUUAUUAGUCACCAUUGUUACCGAUGGACGUCAUUUAUCUUUUGUAAGACUGACAUUUCUUGUAACAGUUGUUGCAAAUAUUUUUGCACAUAUGUGCUUGUAUUGUGUGGUUGGAGAAUGUCUAAUAACGCAAUGCGAAGGUGUCUAUCAAGCUGUGUAUGAAUAUCGUUGGUAUGAAUUGGAACCGAAGCAAGCCAGAAAUCUAAUUUUAUUGAUGGUUCGCGCAAACAAACCACUUUACGUAACUGUUGGAAGAAUCUUUCCUCUAACGAUGAAUACUUUUUGCAGCCUACUAAAAACAUCAGGAGGUUAUAUAUCGGUUUUACUUGCACGACGUGAUUAAUACGUAUCAUUAAAUUGCGUUAAGAAUAAUC